AUGGCUCCCGGUACUCAGCAACAUCCCACCACCACACCUUCGUCGAAAGGAAGCAACAGCCAAGCUAUUGGCCAAGGUCCGUACAGACGUUCGAAUCCCUCUCAAUGCGGAUAUCACGUCACACCCAGUAGCGCGCCUUACUUCGAGACAUCCAGUCUGGCUAGAUUCACCGCCAGAGGAUUGGACAGCCAUUUCGGCAUGGAGUGCCGAGUGGUCAACAGCAGAUGCUGUGAACCGCUCCCUCGUAGCCGAGCCAUCUGCCCGCCCUCCCGGCUUCGACCUGCCACGACAACAAUGGAAGACGCUGAACCGGUUCCGAACAGGUCAAGGUCGCUGCGCGACAAACCUUGUCCGUUGGGGUCAAGCCAUUGA